UCGCUCGCUCUCCGACUCUCUCUCUCUAUAUGCCCCGAGAUUUGCUAAAUCGCCGUCUCUUCGUCGGUCGUCACUGAACCUUGGCUGUCGUGUCCGACUCGUCCUCGCGUCAAACUGGGGGGACAUCGCCUGAAGCCUUCAAUUCUAUACAGGACAGUGUUUGCCUUCGUCUGUUCUUCUUGCGUGCCGCGAGACGCCUCGUAUUCGGAGAAAAGGAAUCGUCCAGCUUCGGACAGGGUUUCUUAUGGGCUUCACGGAAGGGAGUGCCUCUGUAAGGAGAUUCUUCAUAUAUUGGUAAAGUGAAAAAUUCUGGGGCUGUGGUUUGAUAGUUAAAAUGGGUUUGACGUGCAUGGAGGUUGAUACUGAUAGAGAAACGCGGCUGGAAAGGCGACGGAAGAGAAGGUGCUUGCGUGACCCCAUUGUAAUGCAUACUUCUCUCCAGAAUGGUGCUCCCGAGAGCGCUCCUCGAAGAACUGAUAGGGUCAACUUCGUCGAAGAUGAAGACGACGAUUAUGUGAAUUUCUUGAGAAGUUCUCACAACGAUUAUGGUUUUGUGCCUUUGGAAGCUUAUAGAUGUGGCGGCAGCAGUGGUAGCGAUGAUUUAGUGGAUCCACAGUAUAAAAUUUUCUUGGAAAGUCUAAGAGUAACCGGGAUGUCAUACGAGCUUGUGGUACAAGUAAAUGCUGGAACCACCAUACUUCUCAAGUACGACAUUAAAGACCAGCCACAUGAAGGAUUAACCUUGGAAGAUUUGAAGAGUCGACCAUUGAAAAAUAAUGCAGAAACGGUGAGAAGCUUGAGGAAUACUGUGGGAAGAGAAAGGGACAAAGUUGCUACUCCGAGGAGGAAAGAAAAUGAUGAGGAAAAAAGAAUUCCAAGAAAUGUUUCUGGAAGGGAGAAGGAGAGCCUGCAAACUACUAAAGCCAAAGCUGCUGCAACAACUGCUGCAACAAGCAAAGGAAAUUGCAACUUGGAUAACAGAAAUAUAGAAGCCCAACCCGCAAAUAUUGGUUCUAAUCGGGAAAUUAGACGGUCCCCUAGGGUAUUGCGCCCAGAGGUUCCACAAGCACCCGAGCAUGAGGAGGAGAUGUGCGAUGAGAGCUUCCUAGCCAUUCUGAAUGGUGCAAAAGAUGAUGGUAACAUUCUUAAAUUUACAUCUGGUAAUGGUAAUCUAACUACCAAAGCUGCUGCAACGAGCAAAGGAAAUUGCAACUUGGAUAAAAGAAAGAUAGGAGCCCGACCCACCAACCUUGGUUCUAAUCGGGCCAUUAGACAGUCCCCUAGGGUAUUGCGUCCAGAGGUUCGACAAGCACCUGAGCAUGAGGAGGAGACAUGCAGUGACAGCUACCUAGCCCUUCCCAAUGGUUUAAACAAGGAUGGUAACAUUCUUGCAUUUACAUCUGAUAAUGGUAAACAAACUACCAAAGCUGUUGCAACAAGCAAAAGAAAUUGCAACUUGGAUAAAAGAAAUAUAGAAGCCCAACCCACAAAUCUUGGUUCUACUCAGGCCAUUAGACGGUCCGCCAGGGUAUUGGAUCCAGAGGUCCGACAAGCAUCCGAGCAUGAGGAGACAUGGGAUGAAAGCUACCUAGCCUUUUUGCAUUGUGCAAAAGAGGAUGGUAGCAUUCUUGAAUUUAGAUAUGAUGAUGGUAAACAAAUUAGAUAUGAGGAGGAUGAUGAGGAGGAUGAGGAGGAAAGUUCGUGCGAAGUGGAAGUGCUUGCUGGGGAGGAUAUUUCUAAAUGUGAGGAAUUUGUGACUAUGAAACUAUCUAAAGAUCCGAUAACCAUUGACAGCAAGCACUUUGCUGAUGAUCCCGGAAGAAGCGGCGGUACUGUAUUCAGGAAGAAACUUAUGGCUGUACUUAAAAUGCCCUAUGACGUGAAGGAGCAUGAAGACCUUUACCGAAGGGUAAAACAUAAAAGGCAAAAGACAGUGGAAAAAAGUCUGCGUCAAGGACGGGAUUUCACCUCUUCAUUGGGGGAACACUGCAAAUCAUAUUUUGAGCUGUACAAGGAUCUUGCGAAGGAACUCAAGUUGGUUCAACGUGAUGGUCACCGUAGUUUGAAUCUCUUACGCGGAUUUUUCUUUUGGUUGGAGAACAUACCCAAGGAAGGAGCAUUUAAGCCUUGGUUGGAUCCUACUUGUUUGGAAGUGUUGCCUGCACGGGCAAAUCGAAGGGUCUAAUGCGAAUAUUUCUCCGACCCCAAGAAGAAAGCAUGCGAAACCUGGAACUGCUGCUGCGAUGUUUGUUCAGUCUGAGAUUUUGGUAAUGCACAGAUAGCGAAUCUGAUGGUUGUGCAUCAUUCGACAUCCCCAAGGUGGAAUUUGGGUACUACAUUAAGGCACAUUCUUUUCUGUAUUUCAGUCACUUGCAAAUGCAAAUGGAUCUUUUCGUAAUGUGAAAAUCAUGUUUAUCGUAGUGUGCAGAGCUCUCUUUGCUUGAAUUCCUGACCAAAUUUUGUUUUUC